AUGGGCGAGCCAAAACCUCUGACUGCAUAUCAGCAGACAUACCACUGGAGGAACAAGAACUGUGGACCUUGGGCUAGGGAAUGGAUUAAAAAGUCUGUACCCGGUAUCAAAGUGGAAGAUGGAAAGCAGAGGGUAGAGGUGGACGAAGUGACGAGCGUGUCUGGAGAUUGUGAUCUGGGACAAAGAAAGGGAAAACUCCUGACGAUUUACGACCUCGAAGUUGAGCUUUCGUGGACCGGCUCGGAUGCAGAAGGGUCCGAAGUGAAGGGCAAGAUCAAGUGCCCUGAAGUCAGUCAUGAAGCCAUCGAUGGUCUGAGCGAAUACGUCUACGAAAUAACCAUCACAACUCCUUCGCCCGCUAACUCUUCUGCCAACGCCUUGUCAUCAUUCGUUCGAUCUGACCUUUUACCUCGUCUUUCGGAGAAGUUCAACUCUCUCCGUCCAGCUUUGCUAGAAGCUCAUGGAGGACCUUCGGACGAAGCAACGUCAGGUGUAUCUACACCUCAGAAUCAACAUUAUUCGCCUGCUCCUCCAGGAAGCGCAAAUGCCAGCAGCACCACUUCUGCCACUGGCGCAACGGCAAAGUCUGCUCCCGUAACAUCUCCUUCCACUACCACUCCGAAACCCGCAUUGACAGGGACAAAAGUCGUCGAGGUCAAGGCUGAGCUCCAGGCGAGCGCUGCGGAUCUAUGGGGCUUGUUGACGGAUCAAUCCAAGAUCCCCAUGUGGUCUCGAGCAGAAGCCAAGUUCUCUCCGUCUCCUGACUCUUCGUAUACCCUCUUCGGCGGCAACGUCACCGGCAAAAUUGUAUCUGCUGAGGCGCCCACCAAGCUUGUGACGACUUGGCAAUUGAAGAAAUCCAAUUGGCCGAGUGAUCACUUUGCAACGAUGACUAUUGUAUUGGACCAGGGGAGUAAUUCGACGAAUGUUACAUUCACACUUGACGGUGUCCCAGCUGGACAGGAAGGCGAGCUGGAAAAUGCUCUUGAUGGUUUCUACAUCAGGGGGUAA